AUGGCUACUCCAGACGCACCAUGGACUAUCACACACAGUUCAACAGAUGCUGUAGCACCAGCCUGGAUUGACUCACCUAAUAUUCGAGGAACUCUGGAUAUCCUUCAGAGUUGCAUCUUGACACUUAUUGCGUGUAUCUAUACGGCCCUUCAUCUCGAUGUCCCUGUCAAGACGGCCUGGCAUUACAUAUUUCUCUACAAGCUCAAAUGGGUUGCUAUAACCCUCUUUGCACCCGAGAUCGCUCUGUAUAUGGCGGCGGAUCAGCUACAACAGGCUUGGAACCUGAAAUCGAAACUUCGAUCGUUGCAGAAAACUACUCCUUCAGAUGCAGAUCAUAUCGAUAUUGACAUGGCCUACACAUUCUUCAUCAUCAUGGGCGGUGUUCGAGUCAACGUCGACGACAUCUUGUCCAUCCCCGAUCUGCACAACAAGGCUUUUCGGUUGUUCGAAUCAAUGGAGCGGCCAUACUCGGUGCGCUUGAGCCCCCGAGCAGUGACCUGGCUUGCAGAGAGAGGGCACUGGAUCCCGAUAUCGAAGAAGAAGAUCGACGACAAGAGCAAAGCAGAUUACUUCCAGAAGAUAUUAGUGGUUAUGCAGGUCAUAUGGAUGGUCCUGCAGUGUAUUGCCAGGAAGAUCCAAAACCUGCCUCUUAGUUUGUUAGAGGUUCACACUAUGGUUCAUGUUGUGUGUGCGAUUUUCCUUUACUUGUGUUGGUUUAGGAAACCUCUCAACGUCCUGGAUCCUGAGAUUAUUAAGCCAGGGGCCUUCGAGGGAGAGAUAGCUCUCCUAGCGCAACGCCAGUUCUAUCCCAACAUAAUCAACAUUGAUGAUGUCUCGAAGGUAGAGGAGAUGCAACUUCUCGAAGAAACUCCUGAAUCAUCUUCUCGAAACUGGAUAGGUUGGUCUUGGAUGCGAAGAUUAGCAAGACCUCCAGCCUAUGAAAGACUACCCGAUACCUGGGCGAAUCCACGAUCAGGGCCUUGGGUAAAGCCAGAGCCGGGGCUAGAGAUGUGGCCGGGGGAUAUCCUACCAUCUGGGCUCUUGUAUCACUCCGAGUUUGCACAUAUACCCCUUUUACUAUCAGAGCAGUUCCUCCGUCGCUGGGACGCUAUCUUGUCAACCUUUCCAUUCCACAACCGCGAGGUCCUCGUAAAAACAGCGAGUUUUGUCAAGGUAAAUCGCAUUGCCUGGGACUUUGAGAUGAUCAGUCCCGAAGAUGAUGCUGGACCUCUGGCUGGCCAAGAUCUCUUCCUCGCUCGACUUCCAGAGUUCAAGCCAGUUCUCGACCCUGCGUACAGAACCAUGCCGUUCAGCGAGGGCAAACGAAACCUCGACAUCAACUUCAGCGUCUUCACAGAGAGCGAAGACGUCUUUGGUCUCUUGGGAUUCUUCCAACAGUUCCCGUGGCUCGCUGGUCUUGCGCUGCUUCUGUCUGGUAUCUAUGGCGGUGUUCAUCUGUCAGCUUGGAACUGGGCCUUUCCCAGCUCUAUCGAGCUUUUGAUGUGGAAGAUAAGCUGCCUCUAUAUUGCGGGUGCCUUGGCGUUGUAUUUUGUCAUGGCAGUACUCGCCACAGCUGUGAGGACUGAUGGAACGACGUGGCUAGUGACUUAUAUCGCAUUCUGGUUCGCCUUGUUUGUCUACAUGGCUGCCAGAUUUUAUGUUGUUUUCGAGUCAUUCUUUAGUCUGAGGCGGUCUCCUGCUGGGGUCUACAUAUCACCAGUUUGGGUUGAGAUGUUUCCUCAUUUCUAG